UUUCUCGUGGAAAGCGGCUCUAAAGCGGUGCCAGCGCGGUCGAGCUGACGCCUGGGAACAGUCAUGUUUGUUGAUUAAGCCAAUCUCUGGGCUCCGCAAUCGCUCUUCGCCGUUCGGCAGACCGCGCGUUUACGAAAGCCGGCGCGCUCCCAACAACUGCGCCGACUAGGACGACCCGGGAAGUGGUGCCUCGCGGGUGAAUCUCCUCAGCUUGUCCGCUGGUGCUUGUGGUGCGGGAUGUGUCUUCGUUGGUGUACCAGGUAGCGCAGGAUACUAGCCAGUCGGAUACGGCCAUGACGACGCGCCAACGGCGGGCAUCGUAGCGGCGGCGGGACGCCUCUUCGGAUGCGAGGCUGACCCGUCAUGUACCCGGCUAGACAUCCCGUGAGCUCAGCCAUGCCUGUCACGGGUCCUCCGCCGCAGGCGGGCCAGCAGUUCAAGUUCACUGUGACCGAGUCGUGCGACCGCAUCAAGGAGGAGUUCAGCUUCCUCCAGGCGCAGUACCACAGCCUCAAGCUCGAGUGCGAGAAGUUGGCCGGCGAAAAGACAGAGAUGCAGAGGCACUACGUCAUGUACUACGAAAUGUCUUAUGGUCUCAACGUGGAGAUGCACAAGCAGACCGAGAUUGCCAAGAGGUUGAACGCUAUCAUCGCUCAGAUCCUGCCUUUCCUGUCGCAAGAGCACCAACAACAAGUGGCGGCAGCUGUGGAACGGGCCAAGCAAGUCACGAUGACCGAACUCAACGCCAUUAUCGGGCACCAGAUGCAGGCGCAGCAGAUGCCCGCUCCUCCGCUGCCCAUGCUGUCCCAUGCAGCCAUGGCCGGCCUGCAGCCGCCGGGAGCGGGCCUUCCUCCCAGCACGGCGGCGGGGCUGCUGGCGCUGUCGUCGCUGGCUGCGCCGCCACCGCCCACGCACCUGGCCGCCGCGGCCGCCGCCCUCAAGGACCACCGGGCCGCUGCAGCCGCGGCUGCGGCAGCCGCCGCCGCCGCUGCCGCCUCGGACGACAAGCGGUCCGCCUCCGUUCACAGCAGCGAAGAGCGGCAUAGAAACUCCAUUUCACCUGGUGAGAGAGAGAAGUUCCGUGGCCGGUCUCCGGACAUCGACCACGACCUCAAGAAGCGCAAGAAAGAGGACAAAGACAGCGAUGGGGAGAAGAGUGACCAAGAGCUGGUGGUUGACGUCGCCAAUGAGGACUCUGUGGGUGCACCUAACGGGGCCCUGUCACCACGAGAGAAUGGCACUGACAAGGGCCUCAAGAAGGAGCCCCACGGGUCACCCCACUCAAGCGUCUCCUCCAACUCGAGCACGCCAUCCUCCUCCAAGCACAAGGAAGGGGCCGGAGACAAGGGCGGGGGCACACCGACUCCCAAGGCAGCCACACCCACUGGAGCCGCACCAUCUUCCUCCCACAAAGGUGCCAAGGCUGCUGCCCUCGGGCCACCGUACCCAUACCCUCUGCACGGUGGAGGACCUGGUGCCCACGGCAUGCCAGCUGAUCUCAGUGCUGCAGCCUAUCCACAAGGUGUUCUGCACAACAGCAUACCACCAGGGCUCAACUCGUACUCCAGAGGAUUGGUUGGCUAUGAACCACAUCCAUCAAUGCGAGGCCCUGGAUUUGGCUCUAUACCAGGAGGAAAACCGGCCUAUUCGUUCCACGUGAGUGCCGAGGGUCAGAUGCAGCCUGUGCCAUUCCCGCCAGAUGCACUGAUAGGCGCGGGCAUUCCACGGCAUGCACGGCAGAUCAACACACUGGCCCAUGGAGAGGUGGUGUGUGCUGUCACCAUCAGCAAUCCAACCAAAUAUGUCUACACAGGAGGCAAGGGCUGUGUCAAGGUCUGGGACAUCAGCCAGCCAGGCUCCAAAAGUCCCGUCUCUCAGCUGGAUUGCCUGCAAAGGGACAACUACAUCCGCUCUUGCAAGCUUCUGCCUGAUGGACGGACACUCAUAGUUGGCGGCGAAGCCAGCACUAUCUCCAUCUGGGAUUUGGCAGCACCAACCCCACGCAUCAAGGCUGAGCUGACCUCGAAUGCUCCAGCAUGCUAUGCACUCGCCAUCAGCCCUGACUCCAAGGUGUGCUUCAGCUGCUGCUCAGAUGGAAACAUUGCUGUCUGGGACCUGCACAACCAAACCCUUGUCAGGCAGUUCCAGGGCCACACAGAUGGGGCCAGCUGCAUUGACAUCUCGAGUGACGGCACUAAGCUCUGGACAGGCGGCCUGGACAACACUGUACGCUCCUGGGACCUCCGAGAGGGGCGGCAACUGCAGCAGCAUGAUUUCACCUCGCAGAUCUUCUCUCUGGGCUACUGCCCGACAGGAGAAUGGCUAGCUGUAGGCAUGGAGAGCAGCAACGUGGAAGUUCUGCACUGCAGCAAGCCAGACAAGUACCAGCUGCACCUGCAUGAGAGCUGUGUCCUGUCACUCAAGUUUGCCUCGUGCGGCAAGUGGUUUGUCUCAACGGGCAAGGACAACCUGCUGAAUGCCUGGAGGACACCCUACGGUGCUUCCAUUUUCCAGUCCAAGGAGUCCUCAUCAGUGCUCAGCUGUGACAUUUCUUCUGAUGACAAAUACAUUGUCACUGGAUCAGGAGACAAGAAGGCUACUGUGUACGAAGUAAUCUACUGAACUGGUCAGAAGUCUCUCUCUACCAGGAAGCCAUCAGCGGUCACCUGUGUGUGUGGUUGUGCGUGUGUGGUAGGCCUCAGUGUGCACGGGGAUGACUUUUCUAUGUGGCUUCUCUGGUAUAGCCAUGCUCCCCUGACAGCUAGGACUCGUGGCUCACUGACGGGGAGAAAGCAACUUUAAAGGACUCCCAUUUGGCCUCUCCUGUUGUGGCGCCUCGCCUUGUAGUGUGAAAGCUGUUGUACCCAGUGCUAGCUGCCCAUCUGCCAGAAAUGGUGACAUGCUUUGGCUCACCGCGUCUCUCCACCUCGGUGGCAAGGAAACCUGCGGGCAUUGUGCACCAGACUUUGCCAGCAGUAUUGCCGGCAGAAUGCCUCACUGUGCCAGUACAUGUGCAUCUGUGAAAUUUGAACAUUCACCUAUUGCACCUGUCUCGUGAGUAAUGCACACAUUUAGUGCCAUUAGGAACUCAUUACAAGUCUGCACUGCUGCGCCCUGCGGGCACAUGUCGUGUCAAGGUUCUGACAGGCAGGCAAGAGGUUGUGUUGCAGAACGUUCCGGUGACUACAGUGUGAGCCUGCAGAAAAGAAAUGUACCUCACAGAUACAAUUCCUUUAUCUCACAGAGGAAUGGCUAGUGGAUAUGUGCACACACAUCCACGUUUUGAUUGCCUUCUCAAUCUCUCCUUCCUUUUUCUAUCUGAACAUGGACUCGGUGAAUCUCCCUGUUAUACUUGUUCUCCCUCGCUUUGUCUUCGUUAUUGCCAUCAUGAAAAGCAAGUAAGCCUAUGACUGGAGAGAUGCUGAACAUUCACAUCACCAUUUAAAUCCAUCUCCUCACUGCUUUGCAGGUCAGUCUGUUUAUGAGGAUGGCAGAAUCAUAGCUAUGCACAAAAGUUGCCCUGUGACAUAACUGAGCUCAGGAAACAUUCCAUUUUGCUUCCAACAUGUUUCGUGCAAGCCAGCUGCAAAUGCCAUUCACUGCAGUGCCGUAUCCAGUGGCCUAACCUUCCCGAGGUUCUGCAGACAGACUGUCUCACCUGUUGGGCCAUCCUUGUGUACAAAGAUAUGCUGGCAGGUGCCAGUGUUGUCAUCCUAGUACAAUAAACUGUUCCGUUAAAAACCCCUA